UUGUUGCGCAUGCGCAGUGAAUUAAUUACCCCAAUUCAGUUUGAGUGAAUUCCCCAAAUCAAGUAUAACGAAUCAGUCAAAGGAAUGGAGGUUCCCACCAUUGACUGGCCCACAGCUAAACUAUUCACUCGCUUUAACACCUAUGGACAUCUUGACCCCUACACAACGCACUUCAAGUGUGUUAAACUGUGUCCUGUACAGCUUUGGACGAACUCGUCAAGUCCCUAAGUGACAUACAGGAGACAUUUUGGAGUGAUCGUCAUGUCCCAGGAUUGGCUUCCCCAAAAUGGCAGCGUGUCAGGUCAGCAAACUCAUUUCCAAAAGCUUAUUUAUUCCAUUAAUGCGUUGAUGGGACACCGAAUAUUCUUGUAAAGUAUAAGUUCAUUUUUAUCAAGUAUACUUGGGGCUAAGUAUACAAAUAUACGACAGACCAUGUACUUUUAGUAUACUAAUGUAAUACAUCUUCGGAUUAAUUGGAACAUUUUAAGUUUAUAAAAAGUAUACUUUCGUAUACUACAGACCAUGUACUUUCAGUGUACUAGUUCUCAAUUUAAAUGCAAUCAGUAAAAACUCUUCUAAAAGGAUUACAUACAGACCCCAGUCAAUUAGAUUGAAUAAGGUGAGUAGUGGUCCCGCCCCAUUAAUUCAGAAGCACUGCUUUACAAGACUAUUACUCAAGUAGAAGGUAGUCAUCCAUUUUUUAUGGGUUAAUUAGUCAAUAACUGUGAAUGCUAAGACAACAUUCAUGGAGGAGUUGUUGAUUUCAUGCGAGAAGAGCCACAUCAUGCAUCUGAACGUAUGUGACCCAGGAGUCUCCUUAAGUUGCCUUCACUAGGAUCCUCCCUCCCCCUGCUGAGGAGGUGAAGAUUUGUGGGGGUGAAACGGUCAUGGCUCGUGACCACCGAAGGGAGGCACCCUGACAUGAGGGGGCCACUCGUGUGGGGUGUCCCAAAAUAGCCUGACUGAGAGUAUAAAGAGGUGUAAGGGCAGGUCUGGCUUCCAAAGGAGCAGCUCCACACUUUGAGUCACACAGAGAACGCGUGAGGAAGAAACCAUCAAGGGUGACAAACCUUCUCCAUUUGGACUGACAUACAAGGAUGAAGUACUACCGCUACCCCGUGUCUCAGACUCUGGGACUCAGAUCUUACACCCAGGACAAGUACAGAAGUUCGGUAUCGCAGAAGCCCCCCCGCAAUGUCCACUUCCCCCACGACGUCGUCUUCCAAGACUUUGUACGGCACGGCGAGUUGGAGCGGAUCGGACGCUUCAUCCGCGCCAGAAGAGUCAGCCUGGACACCAUCUACCACUCUGGUAUGGCGGCCAUCCAUGAGGCAGUGCUUUCUGGGAACCUGGAGUGUGUGGAGCUGCUGGUCCACUAUGGAGCAGACAUCCACCAGAGAGACGAGGAAGGGUGGACGCCACUUCACAUGGCUUGCAGCGACGGAUUCCCUCACAUUGCACGCUACCUCCUCUCCAUUGGCGCCGACCCAAAUCUGGAAAAUGACAGCGGGGAGAAACCAGCUGACCUCAUCGAUCCAGACAACAAGGAACUGCUGGACCUCUUCGGCCCAGUCGACGACUGACAACCUCUGGGUUUCCAUCGCUCGACUGUUCUGCUGAGAAGGACGAGGAAGGCCGGAUGAGUUCGGCAUCUUGAAGCGGAGAGCUGCCUCAACUAUGGAGGUGACGGUGGACCCCUGAAGGACCCCAGAGCGGACUGGUUCCUCACAUGGACCUCCAGGAUGCCUUUCAAUGAACACUGGCCGUAUUUGACGUGAGACCGGCAGGAGGACAAGACACAGCUUGGGCCUCAAAUGGAAAACUGUGUACUACUUGUCAGCGUGAACGCACUCAAAAAGACCAAGUAUGGAAGUGCGCCAGUUGAAACACCUAGCAUCUGCAUAAGCAUUCAAGUAAAAGCUCAAUGAAACUUUUGAAUAGAUUCUAGCAUUCAGCAAACUAAUAACUGGACAGAUGUGACGUGAUGUGUAAAGUUUUGUUUUUAUGAUUUAUUUUUGUACUUUUACAAAUAAACUGUA